AUGUUAUGUCGACUGUCGACGGAAGAGCUCUAUCAGAGGGACCGCCAAGAAUUUCUUGAAUCCCGCGGGUACAUGUUACGACCACGCUACAGACGCGACUGGGUACCUUCUUGGAGGGGCAAACCGAUGGGAACAGCGUACAAGGUAGAAGACGAGUACCGUUUACCAUUCAGAACUAGCGUCCUUGAUGCUACGCGGAUGUCUGACGGGACCCUCGUCUAUUUGAAGCGCACCCCAAGUGAUUCACCGGAGCUACAGGUAGCGUCGUAUCUGUCAUCCGAGCUCCUCCGUCUUGACCCCCGGAAUCACUGUGUACCUCUCCUGGACAUCCUCCAAGACCCUUUGAAUCCAGAUACGGCGUUCAUGGUGAUGCCUUUCUUGCGUUAUAUAACUAGUCCGCCUUUCGAGGUCGUUGGGGACAUAUUGGCAUGCAUAGAUCAAAUUCUUGAGGGCCUUGUUUUCUUACACGACCACGGCGUGGCUCAUCGGGACUGUGCGUACAAGAAUAUCAUGAUGGAUGCCUCGGCCAUGUUUCCUCAAGGCUUCCACCCCAUGAGGGAGCUCGCUCUACCAGAUGUUUCCGGGCUCGCUCCCAUUCUACACCGCGUAGACGUCCCCGUCCGAUAUUACUAUAUCGACUUUGGUAUAUCUACCCGAUUUGCUACGAACCAAGGUCCUACCCUCGUCCUCGGAACUCAGGGCCUCGACGACGAGGUUCCCGAGCUGUCGAACACCAUUCCGUAUGACCCUUUCAAGACCGACAUCUUCAUCGUUGGAAAUCUAUUUCGCCAGCAGUUCCUUCAAGCCUACUCUAACGCUGACCUGCUCACGCCGUUGGUUCGGCGGAUGGUCAGCAGAGAUCCCAACCUGCGUCCUAGUGCUUCAGAAGCACUGCGGGAGUGGAAGGCCAUCCGCAGGAGGGUGUCUUCGAUUCAGAGAUACUGGCGGCUGCGCCCCGUCAAAGAAUCAUGGCUCGCCACCGUCUAUUUCGAAUUCAAGGCCAGCGUAAGUCUUCUAUAUCCCAGUCGUCCUUCAUGCGUGUCCUCUGACACUAUAAUUCGUAGGUCUUAG